CUUUGGAUCUCAGUGGCGUAGGACGUGUUCUAAAUCUCGGGAGUAAAUCUUUUGUGUUAACUUUGCGUUUCGGGACUUGGAUUGGCUUCGAGGAGCAGAUUUUUUGAUUUUGGUGUGAAUGGAGUGAUGUUGCAUGAGUAUGAACGACACGCCGGGCGGUGGCGGUGGAUACGGUGAUGGAAGCGCCCGCGCCUACGGCACCGGAGAUGGGGGUGCGGGCGGGAUGGGCGGGCGGAGGAGCCACGCCCGCAGCGCCUCCCACGGGGGCAUUAUGAUCACCCACCAGCCUCAUCUGGAUCAGGGCCAUGCGGCGGGCACUAUGCCGGUGGGCGUGGGCGGGCUGGGCGGCCCUCCGACGAGCAGCGGCGGGGGCGGCGGGGGCGGCGGCGGCGGCGGAGGGUACGUGAAGGGGCACCAGCGGGCGUUCUCGCACGGGCAGCUGGUGGAGGGCGGGCGGGGGCACCGGCGGGCAGGCUCGAGAACGGACUUCAUCCUGCCGGAGGGCCACGAGCAGCGCACGCGGGAGCGGGAGCAGCAGCAGCAGCACAAGAAGACACUGAGCCGCUCGUCCUCGUUCCCGAAGGGCCACUCGCGCCAGGCCUCGCGCUCCGAGUCCAUCUACACUAUCCGCCAGCACAAGAGGACGCUCAAGCAGAAGAUCAUGUUCUGGAAGAAGGUUCCUGAGGAGUCGCGGACGCGCGUGGUGGUGGCCAAUCACGUGGUUCCGCCGCACGUGUCACGCGCUCAGCAUCCGAACGGCUCGUACCCCGACAACCGCAUCUGUACCACGAAGUACACCAUCCUCUCCUUUCUGCCCAAGAACCUGUUCGAGCAGUUCCACAGGUUUGCCAAUCUGUACUUCCUGUUCAUCGUCCUGCUCAACUUCGUGCCGGCGGUGAAUGCCUUCGGGAAAGAGGUGGCGAUGCUGCCCCUCAUCUUCGUGCUGGGCAUCACCGCCAUCAAGGAUGCCUUCGAGGACCGCCGCAGAUGGCACUCGGACAACCGCGUCAACAAUGCCACCUGCCGCGUCUACAACAGAGACCAAGGGAGAUACGUGAAGACGAAGUGGAAACACGUGAGAGUGGGUGACAUCAUCCAUCUGUCCUGCAAUGAAACCAUCCCGGCUGAUAUGGUUGUCCUCAACUCCUCGGACGAGUAUGGGAUGUGUUUCAUCGAGUCUUCCAAUCUGGACGGAGAGAGCAACCUGAAGCAGAGGCAGGCUGUGAAGGGACUGGGCAUGGAUGAAAGGUUUGAGGUGUCGAAGUUCGACUACAUGAUGGAGAUCGGCGCGCCUUCGACCAAAAUCUACCACUUCACUGGUACCAUCCCUCUGCCCUCAGGGGAGCGCGUGCCCCUCACCAAAGACAAUCUCUUGCUGAGAGACUGCGCCCUUCGAAAUACAGAUUUUAUUGAAGGCAUUGUUGUUUAUGCAGGACGUGAAACAAAAGCCAUGUUGAAUAACGGUGGCACAAGAUACAAGCGUUCUAAGCUUGAGCGCAGGAUGAACAUCGAGGUCAUCUGGUGUGUGGUCAUCCUGUUCGUCAUGUGCCUCGUCUCUGCAGCAGGAUCGGGUCUGUGGCAGAGUUCCUAUGAAGUGAACGCCACGCUAGGGUUGGUCCCGUUCAUCCCGCCCGAGAGUUUGACGGCGACCAGCACAAAAUUGAAACUUUCAAACAACUCGAUAUGGGUUGGAUUUAUAAGUUUCUGGACUUUUGUAAUCAUUUAUCAGGUUAUCAUUCCAAUAUCACUUUAUGUAACCAUUGAAGUAAUAAAGUUGAUGCAAGUUUACCAUAUACAUAAUGACAAAGACUUCAAAGACAAGAAAAGUGGGAAAACAAUUGAGUGCAGGGCACUGAAUAUCCCCGAAGAAUUGGGCCAAGUGGAGUAUGUGUUCACGGAUAAGACCGGAACACUGACAGAAAACAACAUGGUCUUCCAGCGUUGCUCAAUUAACGGCACUGACUACCCCCAUACUCCUGUUAUUGUUAGCAGGGAAGAGAAAAAGUCUGAUCAGCGGGACACAUUCACUCUGAACAAUCAGCUGCAGGAAGAUUUAGCCUCAGUUGAACUUCCGAUGAUUUAUGCUCAGCCAGGGAGUCGACAGAAUCCAUCCUCCAUCACUCCGGCAAAAGAUUCUCCCUCUCAGAGAAUCAUUGAUUUCUUCUUCACCCUAGCAGCAUGCAAUACUGUUAUUGUAGCAAAGUAUCCACAUCAUGAUCAGAUGAAUGCAAGUGGUAUGAUAGUGCCAAAUGAAAGUGCCAACAAUUCCAGUAUUAGUGAGGUGGACAACACUUCCUUCAAUACCACCACCAGUAGUAUUGGUUCGACAUCUUGGGCUCCUAACCGACUGUUACGGGGCCUGCUCUCUUUUUCCCGCCCAUUGUCUCCCAUUGCCUCCUCUCCACGCAGCACCCCCCCACUCACCCCAGAGGCCUCACCACGUUACUCCGUCCCAUCUGCUCGCCAGACUCCACCCUCAGUCAGUAUCACCCUUAACCCCAUCAGCCACUCUAACAACCUCGAAAGUGUCCAAGAGUCGCCUGGCAGCCUCCACCAUUCCGCUAACACCAGCCCGACCAGACCUUCCCUCCUCAACAUCCAGGCAGCACAAAUAUAUAAUUCUAAUAUAAUGAGGGAGACACGUUCCCUCACCCCUUCCCCCAUGGACAUCAAGCCCAUCUAUGAAGCUGAGAGUCCAGAUGAACUGGCACUUGUGGAUGCUGCGUACAAAUAUGGGUGUCGCUUACUCAGGAGGUCCUUGCACAAUAUUCUUGUGUCUUUACCAGGAUAUGGGCUUCGUGAAUAUGAAGUCUUGCACAUUCUUCCAUUUGAUUCAAAUCGCAAGAGAAUGUCCAUUAUUGUCCGAGAUCCUGAGACACAGGAGAAAGUUCUCUAUUGCAAAGGUGCUGAUUCUGCCAUACUAGACAAUUUAAGUAGAGCAGUAGAUGAUAAGACCAAGCUGAGAAUAUUCCGCACUCAGCAGCACCUUAACAUCUACUCUAAGAAAGGUCUUCGCGUCCUUUGCAUGGCCAAGAGAGUCCUCACAGAGGCAGAAUAUGAGGACUGGGCCAUGAAGCACAAAGAGGCUGAGAACGCACUUUCAAACAGAGAGCGUAAACUCCAAGACUCAUAUCUUAGAAUAGAAAGAAAUUUAAGUUUAAUAGGUGCCACUGGUAUAGAGGAUAGGUUGCAGGAUGGUGUACCUGAAACAAUCAAGGCCAUGAGAAAUGCUGGUAUUGUAGUGUGGGUGCUAACGGGAGACAAACAGGAAACAGCUGUUAAUAUUGCUUAUUCAUGUGCUCUGUUUUCUUCUGAUAUGGAGAUUCUGAAGCUGAAUGCUCGCACAAAAGACCAAGCAGACAGAACGAUUCAAUUCUACACACAACAAAUAGAACAGCAAGAGGAAGCCUGGCAACGGCAGCAGUUGCAGGCAGCAGCCAACGGUAGUAUUGGUGCAUCAAGAGAUCAUGCUGUCGAAUUUUCAAACCUUCAGAACGACAACAGCAACCAACCCAGGCCACCCAAAGAACGAGGUCUAGUGGUCGAUGGAAGAACACUUAUAUUUAUUCUGGAUCGACGGGCAAAUUUGAAGAAGGCUUUCCUUAAUCUUGCUGGCAAGUGCUCUGCUGUAUUAUGCUGUAGAGCAACACCUCUACAGAAAUCUCUUAUUGUUCGAAGUGCCAAGGAUAGUCUUAAGGUUCUUACUUUGGCAGUGGGUGAUGGUGCCAAUGAUGUGCCAAUGAUUCAGACUGCUGAUGUGGGAGUAGGGAUCUCUGGCCUUGAAGGAAAGCAAGCAGUGAUGGCGUCGGAUUAUGCCAUUGCCCGAUUUAAACAUCUAGAGAAAUUACUACUAGUCCAUGGCCAUUGGUGCUAUGACAGGCUUUCAAGAAUUAUUUUGUACUUCUUCUAUAAAAAUGCUUCCUUUGUAAUGAUCCUGCUAUGCUACCAGCUGUACACUGGCUUCAGCGGCAGCAGCAUGAUUGACCAGAUGUACCUGAUGGUGUUUAACCUACUCUUCACCUCAAUCCCUCCUAUUAUUGUUGGUAUUUAUGAUCAAGAUGCGCCAGCAGAGGUGCUGCUUUCCCAACCCCAGCUGUAUGCCCAAGGCCGUGAGAGCAGACUCUACAAGUCGCAUUCCUUCUGGAUCAAUAUUGUCGAUGCAAUAUAUCAGGCCAUCGUUUUGUUUUUCUUUGCUGCUGUUCUCCAUGAGGACUCUGAUGCUGGGAUGUAUGAGUUUGGCUUGACAAUAACGCAUGCCACACUUGUGACACAGCUGCUACACCUUAGUAUUGAAACUAAGUCAUGGACGAUUAUCCAUGUCUUUGGGAUAGUGGUUUCAUUCUUUAUUUUCUACGGGUUUGGUGUGCUGUACACCAUGACUUGUGUAUCGUGUUUUGGGUCACCUAGUCAGUUUGGAGAGUUGAGUCAUGCCAUGCAGUCUCCCAUUCAUUGGCUGACAGUCAUUCUCACAUCAGUACUUGCAAUCUUACCUAGGUUUGUUGUUCGCUCUCUAAGCUGUUCUCUAAAUCCUGACGACAUAACUCAAGUUUUAAUAGAGAACAGACGGUCCAAGCGCCAUGACUACAUGACCUCAUGGUCACGAUCUACCUCUUCAUCUUCUGUGUACAGGAGUCAGACCCAGGCCCAACUAUGAGGCAGAAACCGGUGACGAAGCCUCAGAACCCUUAAGUUCCAUGGUCACCACCACCACAGUUCUAACAACCACAGGAGAAGCUGAAGUAUGAGAUCGAUUCAUAAAGUGGCAGAAUUUAAAGUGUUGUUAUGAAGGAGACGAGUGAGCAGUGGUUCCUUUAUGUACUCUUGUGUAGAACCAUAUGAAGAAAAGGUGUCGGGUGAGUGAUAGUGGUAGAAGAGGUGGUUCACCAAGCUGUGCAGAGAUAAGGUGGAAAUGUGGAUACAUUUCUGAAG